AUGGACAGGAAGAACACCGUCGAACGCCUUCUUUUGUCCAGAAGUUCAAAGUUUUGUGAUGACAAACAGAUUUCUGAGCUUUUGGACACGCGUUACUCUGUUACAGGAAGCCAAAAAAGCUACCUAAGUUUAAAGCCUACAGACGGAUCGCGCAGUACUAACAAAAAUACAAAGAAGUCAUUAUUGGGUUCGAUCGUUUCUUUCAGAGACGAUCGCAAACCAUCGUCGAGGAAAACGAAGAAUGAGUUCAAGUCUUUUGUCAAAGACAGUUUACGAUAUCAGAACAAACUAGCCAAAAAAUUACAGAACAGAUUGAGACGAGAUCCCCAACUGCUCAGAAACAUUGAAGACAUCAGCAAGCUCAAAAUGUGCAAAGAUUUGAUCCUGUACGAGGACUAUAUUGAGAUGAACCGGCUCUGGAAUGAAUAUGCACGAGAACUGAUUGGUACAAGUAAUCAUAUUCCGACAAUUACUAGCAAAAUCACGAGCAGUGAGUUGAUAGGGGCCGAGCUAGAAGUGACCCAGAGUUCGUGUAUUGAUAACAUAGGUUUGAAAGGGAUUGUUCUGUGGGAUUCACAGCAUAAUUUUGUGCUAAUCGUGCCUCGAAAACAAAAUUGGAAAACUGAUACGAUAAACAUCGAGCCAACAUACACAACUAAAGAGCUGAUUGGCGGCUUGAAAGUGAUAAGUAAAGAGAGGACAUAUUUCAAGCUCAGAAUCAAGAGCGAUAUUGACGAUAUUGAUUUUGAGAUUAUAGGAAAUCGCUUAAUGAUCCGUAGUACGGACAGAGCUACAAGGAGAUUUAAAAACCAUUCAGUAAACGAUAUAGACAUUUAA